CGGCCCAUCCCGGCCUGACACCGUCCAGCACGCGACAUCGCAACCUGAAGUGAAAAUGGCGGGUCGGGAGGAAGUCGGCGAGGAGAAGCCCAAAGUCAAGGUCCUCUCUCCGGGCUUUGGAAUUGAUAAAUCCCGUCUGCAUGGCUCUGGGUUCCGAGCCAAAGGAUUCGCCAUCACUGACUUGCUGGGCCUCGAGUCGGACCUACAGGUGCGACAGCAGCCCGGUGGACAUCCGGGUUCGGUGCUGCCAGCGACAGGUACCGGGUCGGAGCCGCAGGUGCCGGCAGGACUCGGCAGCUUCUCCUUCCCAAGCGGGUCUCUGCCUCUCGGGCUCGGUUUUCUGUGCAGCUUGGCGGCCCAGCAGCCGCCCGGGGCUCCGUGCUUCCUGCCCGGACACCUGCCGCUUCUGCAGGCCCGGCCAGACCCGCACUACCUGCAGAGCCUGGAGGCCCAGAGAGACGCUUACUCCGAUGACGAGUGCAUGUCGGACCACGGUGAAUCCAAAACUUCUGGAAAUUCUCAGAAGAGGAAGAAGAGACGCCACCGAACGGUGUUUACGUCGCAGCAGCUGGAAGAGCUGGAGAAAGCCUUCCACGACGCGCACUACCCUGACGUGUACGCGCGAGAGAUGUUGGCCAUGAAGACGGAGCUGCCCGAGGACCGCAUCCAGGUCUGGUUCCAGAACCGCCGGGCCAAAUGGCGGAAGCGUGAGAAGUGCUGGGGGCGUAGCAGCGUCAUGGCCGAGUACGGACUUUACGGGGCCAUGGUCCGCCACUCCAUCCCACUGCCCGAGUCCAUCCUCAACUCUGCCAAGAACGGCCUGGUGGGAUCCUGCGCCCCCUGGCUGCUCGGUGAGCCGCAUGCACGGAUGCACAAAAAAUCCAUGGAAAUGGCCAAAAAAUGUUCCAGUCCUGCUGAGUUGGCCUCCACCCACUCGGACUCCUUCCGUGACGUAUCGGAACGCUGUGGCGGGAAAAAGGGGGAAGUGAAACACGAGGAGGAGGAGGAGGAGGAGGAGGAGCCGCUGGAGGAAGACAUGGCCAUGGAUCUGUCCAGCUCCUCCAAGCAGCAGCAGCAGCAGCAGCAGCAGGAGGAAGAGGAAGAGGAGGAGGGCGGGCCCUCGCUAAGACCCGCCCCAUCUCCGCUGCGGCCAGGCAGUGCUCAGUCGGAUCGCAGCUGAAGUGGGUUUGGAGGUGACGCCUCCUCCACUUGGUGCACCAGUACGGCUCCCGAGGCGACGCGACUCUCUCCACCUUGGUGGAUGAGAAGCACAACAGACACGAGGCUCCAGUCUGGUGUCGUGGAGUCGCGUCAGAGAACUUUGGUUCAUGUUUGGUUUGUUUGUGCUUGUGGUUGUAAAUGUCAUGCAAGUACUCAUGAUCUAUAUGGUUAUUGUACAAAGGUUCACCAUGAUUGUUGUGUAAAUAUCGUUGAGAUGUUUAACUCUAAUAAAAGACAGUAUUUUUGCAACCCUCUGCUCUGGCACCUUAUGACCCAUGCUGAUGAAUGUCCCACCUUUUUGUCAGAUGACAGCAGAAGAGAACAAAGUUCAUUUGACUGAAAGAAAUGAAUGACUUGUAAGUGGACUGGACCGACUGUACUCUGUUUCUGGGUCGCGUCCGCAGGAGCCCAGUCACAGCAGCAACCCGGCAGAGCUUAGUGGGCCCCAGUGUCCAUCUGAUGAAGUGUCCGUUCCACAAGGAGCCGACCUGGAACACACGGCGCCUCCGUUCACACGUCUGAACUUGGCUUCUUGCUUUCCUAGGUCUGUGCAGAGACUCGUGACCAACUUGAUCCUGUCUCCCAUUGACAAAGCCAUUUCUCUGCUGUCUGGGAUGAACACGCCUCAAAGCAGAGCGAGUUCAGGAGGAGGCUGCAGCAUCCAAGGUCAUGCUUGCCCUACUCACCUGACAUUUUUAGUUCAGGAGAGUUGGCACUGUUGCGUGACCUCAUGUAAAACACCCGACUAUUCAGCCAUGUCUGGAGUGACUUGA